UACCCGGAAAUGGCAGCGCAAGCGUUCCCUCUGGUUUAGCUGAAGAUUGUUGUCGGUUUUUUUACGUUUUCGUGGAGAAAUUAUGAAAUUUGGUGUAAAGUUCUGAGUCGGGAUGUACAGCGGGCUCCUGCCGAAAGGUUUAACCGAAGAAGACCUGAGCUCAGACCCCGAGGAGGAUGAGCGCGAGGAAAAUAAUGACGAGAAGAAGAAGGAGUCGAAGGAAGGGUUGAGCUGCUCCGUUAAUGCUGAUCAUGAUUCAUCCCGUUUACCGGGAAUAUCGACGGAAACGUGGCAAAAAUUCCAGGAGCUCCGGAAGAUGAAGGACGAACUGAAGGCAGAGAAGAUCCACGAAAAAAGAAAGAGGAGACGUAAGAGAGGAAGAAAACGUGAGACGCCUGCAGAACCAAGGAAGCAGGACGACAGAGAGAGGCACUGGAACCACCUGAAGCUCUACUUCAACGUCAACGAUCGGUUCCUGCCCCCCGCCUGCUCCAGACCACCUCCUCAGUCCGGUUUAGAAAGGAGCAUGGAGGAGGCCGUCGCUGAAGGGGACGUUGGAAAGGCGGAGGAGAUGAGCGACAGACUCGCCACUCGAGAGCUGGCAGUAAAGAUCUCUCAGGCCGUCGGUUGUCGUGAUUUUGUCCGUCAGAAGGAGGAAGAGGAGGCAGCGAGGGCAGCACAGAAGAGGAAGAAGCGGAUGUCCUGGGGGUUCGAGGCGAAGCAGCGGUGGGAGACGAAGAGCAACAUGGGCUUCAUGUGACCCGGGCGGCAGCGGAGCGUCUCUUUCCUCCAGAAAAAACAGAAUUUAAUUUAAAAAAGAAGUUUUUAAACAUUUGU